UACAAUUGGUCCUCCUCCUCGUCCUUAACUGGGAAACGAAAAACAAAGAGGUCCGAAAAAGUAAAAUACAACCCUCCAACUCCUAAAACCCCUAACCCGAUUCCUCUCAGUAAAAACCCAAAUCGCCCUAAUCACACACUAUAUUCUCAGCUGAUUUUAACUCUCAAAAUGGAAAUACAGUAAUACUUGGCCUGUAUGAUGUUACUGGUCCACAGAUUUUCAUAAUACUAAACUUUCUUGGUAAGACAUAAUUUCUUUUUCAUUUUAAAAUCAUUUGGUAUUUGUUAGUAUUACUUUUUUCUAAUUUCUAGUUUUAAUUGUAGUUUUCUUUAGUUAUUGAUUUCAUGGGUUUUGUAGGUAAAACCUAAUCUUAGCAACAAAAAAAAAAAAAAAAAAAAAGAAAAUUCAAGAUGGAAGAAGGGUUGAAAGGAAGUUCCAUGUGUAGUACAACGAAACAUGAGUUGGAUUUGAAUAGGGAUCCGUUUGAGCAAAUGGAGCCUACUUUGACUUUGACUGACUCAGUUUCUAAGCAAGAUCUUGAUUUAAAUGAGUCUAUCACAGAAGUUUGUGAAAAUGAUGAUGAGUGUGAUGUCCCUAAAUGUGUCAUUGCUGCUGUUGACUCUGAGAUGGCUGAGGGAAUUGUUGGUGAAGUCGGGGAGGAAGACCCCCUGAUGCAAGUGAAGCUUCCGGAGAAGAAUCAAGUGGACAUUGUUGUUGCGAGGCGGCGAGGGAGAAAAAAGAAGGUGAAGGAUUCAACAGAGGAUAAAACUUCCUGUCAGAUGGAGCUUGAAAAUAAGGGUUUAUCUUUGAUGUCGGGCACAUUGAGGCCUUCGGAAGAAAGAAAAUGUGAGGAGGGAACUGCUGUUGAAAAUGGCGAAGUAAUUAAAAUUAAUGUAGCUUGUGAUGGUAAUGGUGAGCCGCAUGGCGAGGUUGAUGCCAGUAAGGGCAGAGGGCGGAGGGGGAGGAAAAAGAAGGAGGUUAAGGAUUCAAGAAAGGAUGAUGUUUCUCAUGAUGGUGAGUUCCUUGAAAGAGGACUGAUUUGUAAUGGCUCGGUAUCUCUUAAGGGAGAGUCAGGUGUUUCUUCACCUGGAAGACAAGUUGAGCAGGGAAUUCAUGUUUUGGUGGGUGUUGAAAGUGGAGAAAUAACAAAGAUUUCGGAGAAUAGCAUUGAUGACAUUAGCCAAGUGCAAGUUGAUAAAACCAAUGAUAAAAGCGAGAAGAAGCCUGGCAAGAGAGGCAGAAGAAGGAAAAGAACUGAAGCUGAGGCUUCUGAAUGUCACGAUAACUAUGUCACUGCCGGUGAACAAGUUGAUGCCAGUAGUGAUGAAUCCAAGAAUAAGGUACGCAAGAGAGGUAGAGGGAGGAAAAGAAAGGAUGCAGAGGAUGCUGAGCGUCCUGCUGAUGAUCAAGUUAAAAGACAGAAGGUGAACACAGUGCUAUCUAUGGGUCAGUUUAAAAGGGUCUUGAGGUCAGGUACAGUGGCAGUUAUUGAUGGUAAGAAGCAUGUUUUUGGAGUAAAGGAUGCAGGUGUGUCCAGUUCAAAAACAGAGAACAACAUUGAUCCGUCCGACAAGAAAAUACUCAAGGCAAGGAAUAAUGGUAACGCAAGACUGAUAGAAAGGGGAAAGCAAAAGCCGAAGGGCCGCCGUGGAAGACCUCCAAAGAUGCAAGGGACCAGUCUGACCAGUAGCCAAAAAGACAAAUUGAGGGGUCCCAAGAGAAGCAUGAACGAUGAAAAGGCCGAUGGUCUUGUUAAGGGCUCAAAGCAUCUCAAGGUGAAUCAGACAAAUGGCAUCGAGGAGGCUCUUGGUUAUGAGGAAGGCACUGAACAAGCAAAUGCUGAAGUUAAUAACGAGGGUCCUGGAAAUGAUGGAAACAAAAGUCUCAGCAGUGAUCCAUAUCGUGAUAAGCAGAGUAAAUCGAAAGGAAGCAAGGCUGAGGUGAAGGAAUUUGGUGUUAGGGAACAAAAGCAGGCAGUUAGAGAGCAGAUAAUCGAUAUGCUUAUGAAGUCAGGUUGGACUGUUGAGUACAGGCCCAGGUUAACGAAAGAUUAUAAGGAUGCAAUCUGGUAUGAUCCGGAAGGAAGACAACAUUGGUCAGUCACUUUGGCAUACAAGAGGCUCAAAGAGAGAGUUGAAGCUGGAGCUGCUGAUGAUAAGACCAGGUCUGCAUUUACUCCUAUACCGGAGGAUGUAUUCAGCACACUGUUCAGAGGUAGGAAAGAAAAAGAGAACAAGGGAAAGAAGAAGCAAAAGGAUGUUGAAUGUAAAACAAGCAAGAAAAUGACCAAAAAGAAGCAAUCUGCCAAAAGCAACUUAAGUGUUAGAACUAAAACAGGAAACAGCUUAAGUGUGGCAGUAAGGAGGAAAAAGUUGGGAGCAAAUACAGAAGAUGGAAAACGUAGAAAGCCCUGUGCUCUAUUGGCACGGAGCUCCAAGGGAGGAGGGGUCGAUUCAGAUGGCGAUGAGUUUAUACUGUAUGAUGGGAAGCGAACUCUUUUAGCGUGGAUGAUUGAUUUAGGGGUUAUUCAAUCUAAUGCGCAGGUGCACUACAUUUAUGGUGGAAGGAAAAAAGUGAAGCAAGAAGGAAAGAUCACAGGAGAUGGAAUUUGUUGUGGCUGUUGUGGUGAGACACUUAAGCUUGCUGAUUUUGAAUCCCAUGCUGGAAGCGAGCUGGGUCAGCCAUUUCAGAAUGUGUUUCUGCAGUCAGGACAGUCUCUUUUGCAAUGUCUGGUGGACUCAUGGAAUAAACAGAAUGAAAUUGAUCGUAUUGGUUUUCAUUCUGUGAAUAUUGUUGGCGAUGACCCAAACGAUGAUACAUGCAACAUUUGUGGUGAUGGGGGUGACUUGAUAUGUUGUGAUAGUUGCCCCUCAACUUUCCACCAAAGCUGCUUAGAUAUUCAAAAGUUGCCUUCUGGAGAUUGGCGAUGUGUUUAUUGUUCAUGCAAAUUCUGUGGGACAUUUGUCAGAAAAUCCUCAGAGAAUGAUGUUCAGGAUGACAUGCUGGUCUCUGAGUUGUUGACAUGCCAUUUGUGUGAGGGAAAAUUCCAUUUGCCUUGUCUCCCUGGUGACGAUGCUCUGGAUUUUGAUUCUAAAGAUCUAACAUUUUGCGGAAAAGGAUGCCAGAAGAUUUUUGAGGGCCUGCAGAUGCUUCUUGGUGUAAGGCAUGACAUGGAUGAAGGAUUUUGUUGGACACUUCUUCGACAUCGUGAUUUUGGAAGGGAUAUAAAUUUGAGUGAUGAUCCAGUUGAAAUUGAGUGCAAUUGCAAGUUAGCUGUUGCUUUCUCCAUUAUGGAUGAGUGUUUUGUGCCCAUUGUUGACCAGCGAAGUAAAAUCAAUAUAAUUCAGAGCGUUGUUUAUAGCUGCGGGUCAAACUUUAGGCGAAUGAACUACCACGGGUUCUAUACUGUUAUUCUGGAGAAGGGUGAUGAACUUAUCUCUGCUGCAUCCAUAAGGAUUCAUGGGAACCAGGUUGUUGAGAUGCCAUUUAUUGGAACACGAUAUAUGUAUCGUCGUCAAGGAAUGUGCCGUCGGCUUCUCACUGCAAUUGAAACGGCUCUUUGUUCUCUUGAUGUUGAGAAGCUGGUUAUACCUGCUAUACCAGAACUUAUUGAGACAUGGACAAAGGUUUUUGGUUUUACACCCCUUGAAAAAUCAAAGAGACAGGGGAUGAAGUAUAUGAGUAUGAUAGUGUUCCCUGGCACGGAUAUGUUACAGAAGCCUCUAUUGAAGGAUCAGUUUAGUGAAGGCCAAGUUACUUCAACAGGGUCCAAUGCUGAUGCUUUCUCUGAAGUCAAACUCAACCAGGAUGAUAAAGGUGCUAUUUUACGUGUAGAACCAAGUCUUGAUGUAGCUGAUGGCUUCUUGAAUGAUGCAUCUGAUUUGAUAUGUGAUUCCACUGGUUCGUUAAAAGCUACUUCCAAGGACUCUCAUCAGAUAGAAAAUGUUAUGGGUUGUUUAGAUCUACCCGUUCCUAAUGGCUAUAUUUGUGAUAAAACAUCUACCUCAGACUUGUCCUCCUUGAACUCUCCUUUGGCAAGUCAAGAAACUUCCAAUGAAAUCAUGAGAAGUAACCUCAAUGACCGUAAAGAAGUUUCUGUGAGUGCUCAUAUGUUGUCCCUUGAUUCAAAAUCUCUCCAAGAUGUAGCUCGGUUGCCCCCAAAAUCCACUGAGGAACUGGAGUCUUGUUGAUAUUAGUGGGUUGUCUGAUUUUGAGCCCUGAGGUAGUAUGAGUUCUUGCGAUGUCCCUGUGGUGCUAAUAGAAGGGUGCUCCAUAUGUAUGUUGUGUAGAUUUUUGAAGAUGUAACAUGCUAAUUUUGAUCUUUAAUUGAGCAACUGACACAGCCAAGUGUAUAUUCCUCCACGUAAUUACGGACGUAAACAUAUUCGGUGCUAUAUUUUUUGAGUAGCUGCUUUUUGGUUGAAAGUUGUAGAUAUUUCCUACAUGGCGGCGAAAGAAUGAGUAUCGAUUAAGAUGAUCUGACCGACAGACUGGAUUGGGAUGUGUAUACUAGGCGUAGCUGUUUUGAGGUAUGUAUUUUGCGGCGUUGAGACUGUCAAUAUAGCUGGUUAGGAUUGGAACAAGUGCCAAUGCAAGGAUUAACUAGAUGGUGUUAUCCUGCUGGGUCAUCUAAAUCACUGGGUUUAACUCAAACACAAGUCAAAAUUUAGUAGCUUGUGCACCUAUUUGGCUAGUGUGCAUCCCUACUCUCAGAUGAUUCUAGGUUUGGUUUCAAUGAAGUACCCAAAGAAUAUGUUUGUGGAGAAAGAUGCAAAAGAAGAUUGAAAGUGAUAUUUGUUUCUAAAAAUUAGACUCUAGUAAGUUACAGGGAACUUUGUCAGUUUAACUAUGAUCAUAUUAAAUAACAUCUAUGUAUUUGAUGUUUGAGUUUUGUCCUCAUUGUUACCCUGUUAUAGGCUUCACUUUUUGUCUGCUGUUUUCUUGCGGGCUGUUGUGUUGUUAGAUUAUUUAAUGCUGGAUCUUCUACUUU